AUGCUUCCGAGUGCAGUGGAUGAGGCACACCCAGCAAAGUGGGUUAAUACACGUAACCCACUGGACUUGUCAUUUUCCAACGAUACAGCCGGUUCAUUGGACAGUGGACCAUCCGUGUGGGAAUCUUCGUCCUUCACGCGAACUGGAUUGCGAGGAGGGCGGACCCACCACAAGCUCUCCACCGCAGCUUCGAUAUUGGCCUCUACAAUUGCCCUUGUGGUAAUUGUUACUUGGCUGGCAUUCUGUAUGCCCAGACGAGGUGGCAGGAAAACAGCACAGCUGGUGCAGCGACAUUUGUCCGGCCGCGGGGAAGAUUCCGACCUUAACAGCAUUUUGGAAGGUUGUUUGGAGUUAAGGGAGGAGCUUGGCCUCUCACAGGAUGUUUCGGAGCCUGAUGAGCCGCCAGAAGCGAAGAAGGCUAGGCUGUUUCUCAUGUUGAGAGAGUCGGGGGAAGCAUUUGAACGCAGGCAAGGGGACAAUUCAAGUCAGUUGCAGGCAGGAGCUCGCAGGGUCUCCCGUGGGUUCGUUGCAAGUAACGAGAACAACGCAGUGGAGGACUCAGCAUCUGUUUCCUUGUUGACUGAGCCCGAAUCUGAAUUGUCGACACGUCAAUCUGUUGCCGCCUCAAGGGGAGAAAACGCACAAACGCACAGUACUGGCACGUUGUCACCGAGCCCCUCUUCUGAGCUUGCUUCUUCGCUGAGCUCUCUGCCGUCUCCAUCUGCAGAAACUAGAGUGGCAUAUAAUUCUACGGAAGAUUCUGAGACUGGCAGCAGAGGUCUAAGUCCUGAACACUGGAUACAGGAAGAUCUAGGUCAGCAUUCGACAGAAGGAUGGGACCAGGACCCCCAAAGAGGGCAAUCCUCGAAUCAUCAUCCACAACGCAUAGGGCAAUCGGGUCUUGCAGAAUAUAGCGAAAAACGUGAUGCAGCAGUAUAUCCUUGCACAUCCAGUGACAAUGGGACCGGUGGGGCUGCGAAAGACGGCACAUCAACUUGUGGCCAGCAAGGUGCAGCUGAACAGACACCUCGUCAAGGUUUAGUGGACACAGAUUCAUUGAUGAUGCAGAAAGCCAAGGGGACGGAAAGUCCGGCAUAUGGCAGUGGCAAAUCACUGUUUUCAGUGUCCCUCAGAGAUCUGCUUGAACUGAAGACUAAAUUUGUAGAACUUACUGCUGAAGAGAGGAUCAAGCUUCAUCCUUUUGUGAAGCUUCCACACGUAUAUCCCGAAGAUAUCAAGAAUGUCUUUGAUGGUGUCGGUGCUUUGUCGACUAAAACAUCUAUGAGCAGUCCAAUGCUCGAGUUCAUCGCGCUGCGCAAGUUAUUUACUAAAUCAUCGCUGAACUCCGAUGACGUAGAACAAUUGAUGCAGAAUUGCAAGGGCUUGAUUGCCUAUGCGCACAAGAAACUCGCCUCAACGCAUCGUAAAACUAGCCCGUUCUACCUUGUACGAAGAAUGGCGACAACGUUGAUGGUGCUUGACUACCUAGUGAGUGCGAUCCAAAUCCUAGGAGAUAAAAUGGAUACCCAAAGCUGGUGGCCACAAUUCUCACGGCAUCUCGCGCCAACACCGAAGAUUGAAGUAAAAUCCCACUACUCAUAUGCCAGCGAGUUGAUGGCUGACAUGGGGAAGAGGUUUGCUGCUGCGCUUGAUAUCUACAAGGAGGGAAAGCGUCCAGAGCCUGCUGUUGUAGUUGGAUUGAAGAGGGAGAUCCUCAGCAAAUUGAGAACCCAUUGCAUUUUUGAACAUGCUGAGUGGAUACAGUGGAUACAGGAUGAUUUGGACUUCCGUCGGUCCCAGGAAAGCAAUAUCGGCGGACAUCAGUCUGCGCGCAGAUAG